UUAAACAAAUAACUUACAUGGGCCUCAGUUUAUUGCUAACGAAAGUACUAUAUAAAUCUGUUUCGCCCAACACCACUAGGCACUUCGGUGUUGCGGCAGAUUAGAAUAUAGAAACUUCAUUUCUAUUAUUCACAGAUACAGUGUAACAAUGCAGUUCUGGAAAGUUUUUCUUGUUAUCUCUCUCAUGUCUCGUGUUGAAUCGGAGGGUGAACAGACACAGCUGCAGAGUAGCCUAAGUUUAUCUAGUAACCACGAUAAUCCUGAUUUAUGGAUGUUGAUGAAGCAGGUGGACAGACUUGAAACCAAACUUUCUCAAUAUGACGAAAAAAUUGAGAAAUGUGUCAAGCAAGAUAAAAAUGGACUAAUCCACGAAACACAAGUUGCGUUUCAUGCACGUUUGGCAAAAAGUGUUACGCUUCAUGGAGCACAGACUGUUAUUUUUGACAAGGAUAUAACUAACAUUGGCAAUGCUUAUAACCCACACACAGGACUAUUCAAAGCGCCUUACGCUGGACUUUAUUUCUUUUCGUGUACAUUCUUGAAGCAAAGAUCUACUUUCCUGCGUGUUCAGAUGAUGAAGAACGAUAUUGAGAUACAAUUGGGAUAUGCAAAGACAAGUAAUGCAAAGGCAGAUGCUGGUUCAAUGAUUGCAGUAGUAUAUCUAAAGGCUGGAGAUAUAGUUAAAGUUCGCCAUCAUCCUACCUUCGGAUCAGGAACGAUGCACGGACAUUGGAGCUUUUUCACAGGAUAUCUUAUUUAAUAAAUAUAUAUUAGACUUAG